CGCCCCCGCCGCGCCGCCGCAUCGCCCGCAGACAGAAAGACGUUCACGGAUCUGCGGAGGAACGUUGUCCGAACCAGCACCGGAUGGGUUUGGGUCGGAACCGGAGCCAGCAGCAGCCGAACUAACUGGACCGCAGCCAGCCAGCAGCUCUGCGGGAACGGUCGGUAUCGGGAGAGGGACAACCAGAACCGGUCCGGGAUCUGAGGUUCAUGAGGAUGAUGAUGAUGAUGAGCUCCUCGUCCACAGAGAAGAUGAAGAAGAAGGCUCCCAAGGACAGUCUGACUCUCCUGCCAUGUUUCUACUUUGUUGAGCUGCCCAUCGUGGCUUCUUCUAUGGUGUCGCUGUACUUCCUGGAGCUGACGGACGCGGUGCAGCCGGCCCAGGCGGGGUUCCGCUGCGGCGACCGGGCCCUCAGCAUGCCGUAUGUAGACGGAGGAGACGAGCUGAUCCCACUGCUGAUGCUGCUGAGCCUCGCCUUCGCCGGCCCGGCGGCCUCGAUCAUGUUGGUGGAGGCGGCGGUUUACUGCCUGCAGCCUCGCCUGAAGGUCCACCGAGCCGAAGGAAGCAUCAACGCCGGUGGCUGCAGCUUCAACUCCUUCCUGAGGAGAACCGUCCGCUUCGUAGGUGUGCAUGUGUUCGGGCUCUGUGCGACAGCGCUGCUCACUGACAUCAUCCAGCUGGCGACGGGUUACCACGCCCCAUUCUUCCUCACCGUCUGCAAGCCCAACUACACGCUGGCCGGCGGGUCAUGUGACCAGAACGUUUACAUCACCAGAGACAUCUGCUCCGGUCAUGACCUGCAUGCCAUCAUGGCGGCCAGGAGGACGUUUCCUUCCCAGCAUGCAACUCUGUCGGCCUUCGCCGCCGUUUACGUCUCGAUGUACUUUAACUCCACCAUCUCCGACUCCACCAAGCUGCUGAAGCCGGUCCUGGUCUUUGCAUUCGCCAUGGCGGCGGCGCUGACGGGCCUCACUCAGAUCACGCAGCAUCGCAGCCAUCCCGUCGACGUCUACGUGGGCUUCCUGAUCGGCGCCUUCAUCGCCGCAUACCUGGCGCUUCACGCCGUCGCCAACUUCAGGUCUUCUGAUGAACGCGCUCAGGCUCCGUCCCCUCCCCUGCCGGUGGAGGACCCGCUGCGGGCGCUGACAGAGCGCGGACACGAUUCGGUGUACAACAAGGGGCCCGCCUCGGCCUCGGAGAGCAACGACGAGAUCGCGCCGGCGCCCCUAGAGCGCAUGGAGGGCCUGGGGCCAUUGCAGAGGGAGCAGGGCUCUGUAGAGGGCCUGAAGAGGGCCAGUGUGGAUGUGGAGCUGCUGGCCCCUCGGAGCCCCAUGGGGAAGGAGACCAUGCUGACCUUCAGCAACACCCUGCCCAGAACAAGUGUGAACAUCAACGGCCCUCUGGGUGCCGGCGAGGCGCCAGGGGCCCCGGCAGCAGCGGUGCAGCGACGACUGAAGGCGGUGCAGAUCCCGGUGGACCCCAUGAGAUCCCAGCAGCUGGUCUCGGAGUGGAAGCAGAAGUCCAUGGAGAUGCGCGGCCCGGGGUCUUGUGAGGACGGGGACCGCGAGCCCAGUGAGGACGGCUCUGAGGUGAGCUCUAUGGGGACGGAUGAUGCCGGUUCUCAGGCGCCCAUCUACCAACCUUCGGUGCACUGCAUGAGGGUGGGCUCAAGUCGCAACCCCACCCCUCCUCCAGGUGGUGCCAAAGCUGUGGCGACACCCAGACCGCCUCAGAUCCCUGAAGCCGGACCCCCAGCAGUGUCCCCAAAGAGCGCCUUGACCAGGGCCAAGUGGCUCGCCAUCCGGGAGAAGACCAGCGGGGAGGCCUCUAGCCGCGGCACUGCCAGCCAGCCGCGCCUCAUGCAGGUCAUUGCCUUGUCCAAGCAGCAGGGUCUGCUUCCCUCCUCCUCCUCCGAGAGCACCUCCACUGGCUCCGCCACCUCCUCCAACACGGACUCCCCGCUGUGUCGCCAGCGAGAUGGACCGGGCAUCGUCACCGUGGACGCCCACGCCCCCUACCAUCCUGUUGUGCAAACUCCACCCCUUCCACAAGCCCCGCCCCUGGCCGGGAACGGAAACCCUUGGGAGUGGGCCGCGGUGUCCAAUGGAGACGACCCACGAGAAUCCUACGGCCUCAACAGGCUGACCAGGUCGGACCCGACGGCCCGCGCGAGCAGCUUCUGCCCGCGCCGCUCCGCCUCGCCUGCCGCCGACCCCGCCCAGCAGGCGGAGAUGGCGGCGGACGCUCAGCGUAGGGAAAUGGCCAUGAGACGCAAAACGGCGCUAGUUCUGCUGGAUCGAGAAAUCCGCAACCAGACUGAGCAGGAAAACUACUACAAGAGUUUACAGGGACGGAGGUUCAAGGACCAACAGUAACCCCGAGACACCUGGAUCAGACCUGGAGGGGACAGAGACACCUGGACAGGACGGAGACAUCUGGACGGGACGGAGACACCUGGAUAGAGACACCUGGAGGGGACGGAGACAUCUGGAGGGACAGAGACACCUGGACGGGACGGAGACACUUUGACAGAGACAUCUGGAGGGACGGAGACACCUUGGUUUUGGCCAUUUUAGCAGCAACAAAGCUAACAGCUUUAUAACCUGACAGAAAUGCAGCAAAGUUUUUAGCUAAUAAAAACAUAUUUGUCCAAUAAUGAGACCAUAAAGGAAUCAUGAGGACAUGAGCUACUGGCAACCAGCUGCUCUUGGGUGGCUGCUUGGUUCCGAGUGAAACGUUCCCUGCGAUGAUUCCUGGCAUGAAACUGACCACCCAUUUGAAUGUUAGCAUGGGUUGCUACGUUAGCAGCUUUACUGAGGAACGUUUGUUUUGCCAGCAAGGGAAGAAAUUAUUUAUGUUAUCAGCAAAAUGUUUCAAUGUUAUUGAAUCAGAAACGUCUUUGCAAUAUUGGAAAGGGAUUUUGGGUUACUGGAACCAACGCAACUGAACUUCACGGUCAGCGUGGUCGACUUAGCCUCCCUGCUACCAGCAAAAGCUUUGUUUCAGUGUGCUAACAGGAAGUGAUGUCAGUGAGGUUUUAUCUGUUAGCUUUAUUGCAUUUAAAGUGGCAAAUUGGUGGCGUUAUUGGCCUGGUCGCCUUGGUGAUGGUACGACAUCUGGACACGGUAUUGGACUUUUCACCCACAGGAAUGCCCAUCAACAGUGUCUGAGGUCAAAGGUCACAUCCAGAAAUUUAAACGAUUUCCUCUGGAAGCGCAGAAACCCAGAACCAGAACUCUGGAUCCAAAGGAUGAGUAGCUUAAAGCUGCAGUUUGCAACUUUAAUAAAAUGUUUUUUUUCUGUUUUUGUUCAAACUGUCAUCAGAUAAUCUCUGCUGCUCCCAGUGCCAGCUACAGAAUACACAACUCAGUUAGAAACUACCAAUCAGAUCAGAGCCAGGAGGUGGGUGUUAGUGCUGUCAAUCAACUUGUGUAUGCACUGCAGCGGAGCAGAUAGCAUAGUCACCAUGAUAACAUUAAUUUAAGUUAGGUUUAUUUGACAUUAGGCUGUUUGCACAAGGGAGGGUGUGAGCAGCGUGUUCAUGAGCUUGAUUGGCAGCACUAACACCCUCCCUCUGACUCUCAUUUGUUGUUUGAGCGGAAGCGGUGCAUUUCUGCAGAUGGCAGUGGGACCACAGAGAGGAGCUCAUCGGUGUUACUGUGUGGAAAAGUUUUUCUGCAGCUUUAAAGCUCCUGCUGUGAUCAGUCACCUGCCUGGAUGUGUCUGUUGCCAUGGCGACAAACGCCGAGGAGAAAUUUCCCUUCAACUCCACACAUAAACUCAAGCACAUUCAUAAAAAUCAUGAUGUCACCAUGGUAACAGCUUUGUUGCCAGGGCGACGGCUCGGUCGCUACGGUAACGUCUGGUUGUAAUGCGCUCGGUGCCGGAUGUCGAUUGGCUGACGGCUUGAGUCACGUGACUUUCGUUUUCUAGUGAUUUAUUGUGAAGCUGCUUUUCUCAGCGGGGCUCAGACCGUCCACCUGUCCGUCUGCACCUACCUGAGGACAGGUGGACAGGGUGUCCCUGCUGCUGCAUGUGAUCUCAUCCUGUUUCCAUCUGUAAAGCCGUGUGUGAGGAUGAUGCUGCUGCAUGCUUUCUUCUCUCCAUGAUGAAGAGUCACAAUAAAAACGUUCUUCCAACC